UUGAGGGAAUAGCUAUUACAUUGUUAGGAAGUAAACUGUAAAUACAAUAGAAAAUCCUAUACAUUACCCAUCAAUUCAUCUCCAACCUCAUGAACACAGCACAGAGAGCUUAAAAUCCGUUCUUUCCUUUUUCCACAGUAGCCUUAAGCCAAGAGAGGAGAGAAUAGUUUCAGAAGGGGAUCCUCACUUCAAAAUAUAUAUAAUUAAAAAAAUAAAUAAAUAAAGAGUAGUCUCCAGGAAUAUCUGCAACUGAUGCUCUCAUCUACUAGUUUCAGAAGGAGAGACGAAGCAAUAUAAGGUACGUGGACUCAGGUUUUCUCGGAGAAGGGUAGCCAUUGAGAAAAAGGCCGAUGGAUCCAGUUGAGCAAUGGGAACAGGAGGAGGAGGAGGUGGCAGAGGUGGGGUUGCGAGGAAGGCUGCCUUGCCAUCCUAGCAGCCAGAAAUCCACCACCACCACGAGAGCUGUAACACCCAAUGGAGUCGAAUCUUCUUCCCACCAUCAAAAACUUAAUGGGAAGCCAGAAAGUGGGAUUUUCUUUAGCAAGAGUAGAGGCACUGAAUCUAUUGACGGAUUCAACGACUCUAAAGAAGGCAAUGUUGACAUUACUCCAAUUUCUGAGACUGAAAACUUACUGGCUGUUUCAAGCCUUCCACCUUCCAACAAUGGGACAGAAGCAUGUGAAAGUAUUACCUUCAGAAAAGGAAGUAGACAGGAUGAAACAGAAUUAUAUCUGGACGAGUUUUUUAAGAAGCCAGUUGCACACAAGUUCUUCUGUCCUAAUUGCAAUUCUUGUAUAAAGAAGGUUGUUAUUCGAGAAUCGGGAAGUGAUUAUGCAUCAGGUCCUCAACCGAUUGAUACAUUCAGAUGCACAUCAUGCUUUAGUUUUCUCAUUCCUGCAGGUGAAUGGUUCAUCCAUACCUUUGCACCGAAUGAGGAAAGAAUUAGGUGGAAAGAGCAAGCAGAAACUAAUGUUCUCCAAGAUCCACCAAGUGAUUCAUUGCUACAAAGAGAUUCUUUGGUGGGAACAGUCUAUGAUAGAACUACUCAACCAAAUAAAACAUUACAUGAUGAAAAUGGUCAUGCUCCAACAACAAAUAUUGUUUCAUCACCUGUUGAUAUGGUCGGAGAGAAUCUAAAUUUUGGAAUGAUUAAACCCCAGGACGCUAGCAAAGAUAAUGUGACCUUCCCAAAACCAGAUACUUUACUACAAGAAAAGGUGAAAAUUGAUGGAGGAGUAAGUUCAACUGAGGCAAUGAGAGAUGGGAAAACAGAUGAGAAACACUUACAAAAGCUUGAACCUUAUAAAAGGCCUAUAAUUCAAGGCAAUGUUAAAGAUAAUUUUAAUGCAGAACAGAGAGGCAAAUAUGAGAAACACUUACAAAAGCUUGAACCUGAUGAAAGACCUACAAUUCAAGCCAAUAUUAAAGACAAUUUUAAUUCAGAACAGAGUGACAAAGAUGUUGAUUAUGCAGAUGAGGAGCACUUACAAAAGCUUGAACCUAAUGAAAGACCUACAAUUCAAGUUAACAUUAAAGAUAAUUUGAAUGCAGAACAGAGUGGCAAAGUAGUCGAAACUACACUUCUUCCAAGCACACCAAUCUUUAUUGUUGAAGACGAGCAGACAAUCCCUUCUGAACCAGCGGAUGAUAAAAAUUGGGUCCUGAAAAGCAUUGUAUACGGCGGUUUGACUGAAACAAUUACAAGCUUAAUUGUUGUGACAUCAGCUGCAAGUGCUGAUGUUACCACAAUGAAUAUUCUAGCUCUGGCAUUGGCAAGCCUCGUUGGUGGACUCUUCAUCAUUGGACAAAAUCUUUGGGAACUAAAAAAUGAACAAUCUGGAAGAGGCACCUCAGAUCAGACAAAUGGACGAGAAGAUCGUUACGAAGAUCUGCUUGGGAAGAGACAGAACUUCAUUCUUCAUGCCCCAGUUGCCAUAUUAUCAUUCGUUGUUUUUGGGUUAAUACCUCCUGUAGUUUAUGCCUUCUCAUUCCAGAAGAGUGACAAUAAGCAUUACACGCUAGCAGCAGUUGCAGCAGCUUCUCUUUUGUGCAUUGUUGUACUUGCCAUUGUUAAGGGUUAUGUCCAGAAGCCGCCCCAGAACUGCAUAAUCACUAUACUGCUCUAUGCUGUUGUUGGAGUUAUGGCUUCAGGAGUUUCAUUCGUAGCAGGUGACCAGCUGAAAAAGCUAAUUGAAAAGCAUGGAUGGUUCAAGUCAGAAGUAGCUGUUGUUAUGCCCCUUGCUGAGAUGAAUUCGGGUAGACUUGCAUGGGCAACUUAUUGAUCGCAACUUAGUUUGAUUUGGGAUUUGUUUAAAGUAAUUUUCUUUGCUUUUGGAAAGCCUGGAACUAGUGCAUCAGAUUUUUCACUUGAUCCUUUUCUUGUUCCUUUUUCCCUAGGAAUAUGGCAAUAGCAAAACUUUUUGGCAUCCGAUAA